ACCGUUAGGAUUGAAGAAUUCGUUGCAGGACCAGACCAAAAAGGACGAGCUUAGCCAAUAGGAGCCGCUCUCGCCCGGUAUAUAAUAAAGCUGCAGCGCAGAGACAGACCGCAGACUGGAGGAGAUUGACGGUGCCCUUCAACGCUGGAAUACGUUUUGUAGCAACCUCGUCUUCAUCUAGAAGUGCACAGGGAGCCACUGCCAUGCCUUUCGGAAACACUCACAACCAGCUGAAGAUGAAGUACUCUGCUGAAGCAGAGUACCCUGAUCUGUCCCAACACAACAACCACAUGGCCAAAGUGCUGACCCUAGAAAUGUAUGAUCACCUGCGGAGCAAACAGACCCCAAGCGGCUUUACAUUGGAUGAUGUCAUUCAGACCGGUGUGGAUAACCCAGGCCACCCUUUCAUUAUGACCGUGGGCUGUGUGGCUGGAGAUGAGGAGACUUAUGAGGUGUUCAAAGAGCUGCUGGACCCAGUCAUCAAGGACAGACAUGGUGGCUACAAACCUACAGACAAGCACAAAACUGACCUGAACCCAGAUAACCUGAAGGGUGGUGAUGACCUGGACCCCGAUUACGUGCUGAGCUCUCGUGUGCGAACUGGCAGGAGCAUUCGUGGCUUUUGUCUGCCACCACAUUGUAGUCGUGGAGAGAGGAGGGCUAUUGAGAACCUUUCCGUCGAAGCUCUUGGUGCACUGGGUGGAGAUCUAAAGGGAAAGUACUAUGCUCUGAAGAACAUGACUGAAGCUGAGCAACAGCAGCUGAUUGAUGACCAUUUCCUGUUUGACAAACCUAUAUCUCCCCUGCUGCUGGCUUCUGGAAUGGCCCGUGAUUGGCCCGAUGCCAGGGGUAUUUGGCACAAUGACAACAAGACAUUCCUGGUGUGGGUGAAUGAGGAGGAUCACUUGCGUGUCAUUUCCAUGCAGAAAGGUGGCAACAUGAAGGAAGUCUUUACUCGUUUCUGCACAGGUCUUACCAAGAUUGAGGAGUUGUUCAAGGACAAGGGACAUUUAUUCAUGUGGAAUGAGCACCUGGGAUACGUCCUCACCUGUCCCUCUAACCUGGGUACAGGACUGCGUGGAGGUGUGCAUGUCAAACUCCCCAACCUGAGCAAGCACAACAAGUUUGGGGAGGUGCUUAAGAGGUUACGGCUGCAGAAACGUGGAACAGGUGGUGUGGACACAGCAGCAGUGGGUGGCGUGUUUGAUCUCUCUAAUGCUGACCGACUGGGCUUCUCUGAGGUGGAGCUCGUUCAGAUGGUGGUGGAUGGAGUCAAGCUGCUCAUAGAGAUGGAGAAGAAACUGGAGAAGGGUGAGGCCAUUGAUGACCUCAUUCCUGCUCAAAAGUAAACCUGGCCAAACCUAAUUCCUCAAUAACUCCAAAUUCCCUUUACCCACUUCUACUCCACAAUGCACUCCUAUGUAAGAAUGUACAUUGUAUUUAAGACACCGUUUCCCUCUUAAGCAUUCAAGAUACUUAAUAUCGUGACAUGGCAGAAUUAAACAGUUAGCUCGA